UGAUAUUUAGUUUAACAAUUGUUUAACAAACAAAAUCAACACCGGUAUUGCGAUAUUGAAUUCCGAAUUAUUCGUUGCUUUGUUUUCUUUUUUGUGCAAUUAAUAUAAACUGCAUUUCAUUUUUUGCAUUACCUAAACAAAACUAAAAACAACAUCAUUGUCUUAAUAAGAAACUCAUAUAAAAAAUAAAAAAAUGUUAAUUAAAAAAUAUAAACGUUUAACUAAAAUAUUAAACAACCAACAUGAUCAAUCUCAUAUUUUGUUUAGUCACCACAAGAAACAACUACUUGAAGAGCCUUAUCUGCGGCUUGGUUCAACAUCGUAUUCAUUCAUAACGGUUUUAGGUGUCAUGUCAAUGUUGCUGCUGUUGUUACCAUUACGUUGCAUCGAUGCCGUCGGUUAUUCGUAUACACGUUUUGUUGGACCCGUUGCUGGUCCCGAGCAUAAAAUCUAUGUAAACGAUGCCAACGUUGCUGCAAAUGGCAAAACUCAUCACCAUGGCGGUGUACCACGUCUAGAUUAUGUUGCAAAAGCGGAAUACAAUUUUGCGUAUGGCGUGGAAGAUGCUGACGCUCAUAUUUUGCACAAUCGUAAUGAAAUGCGUGAUGGUGAUGCUGUUAAGGGGGUUUAUAGCCUAAUUGACCCUGAUGGUGCAUUGCGUGUGGUCAAAUAUACAGCCGAUGAUAUUAAUGGUUUUCAAGCCGAAGUCAUACGUAAUGGAGUCUCAUCAUUACAUGGUCAACUGCAACAUGAUUACAAACGAGCACCACCUUCAGAGAUCAUCAACAACAACUAUUACAAGCCAGAUCGUGAACAAUAUCAUUAUCCGCAAUCUCAAACGCAUUUGAAAGCAGACACCAGCCACAAAUAUUAUCCAUCAUCUAAUAUUUAUUCACCAAAUUUGGAACAACUGCCGCAAAUAAAUCAUGAGCAAUAUAAUCCGCACAAACAUUAUCAACCACCUCCACAGCCACCUAUUAUUUAUCAUUUCAACAACAACAACAAUGACGACGAUGAUAAUGAUGAUGAUAGUGGCAGUGAUUAUCGUGAUGAACCGAAACCACAAUAUGAAGUGCAUGAAAAACCCAAUAAUUAUUAUAAUGAUAAACAAGAAGAUGAUGAUGUUCAUUAUGAUGAAAAUGGCCAUGGCCAUAAAUCAAACAAUGAUGACAAUGUGGUUGAUUACAAAAAGAAAAAACAACAUCCUAAGGAAGAAGAUGAUGAUGACGACGAUGACUACGAUGACGAGGAUGAGUCGGAGGAAUUGGAAGAGUAUGAUGAAACAGUUCAUAAUGCUCACAAUAGUAAUGAAAGUGAUGAAUAUUAUUAAGCUAUAUAAAUGUAAUUUUACAAUUAAUAUUAAUUAAAUAAUCAUUAAUUAUUGCAACCAAUUAUGAUUAAAUUAAGUAAA